AAACACCAAGCGCACUGCGGAGGUGUGGAUGGAUGAAUUCAAGCAGUACUACUACGCGGCUCGUCCCGCAGCCCAAGGGAGGCCUUAUGGAAAUGUCCAGAGCAGAGUGGAGCUGCGGACAAGGUUGAAAUGCCACAGCUUCAAGUGGUACCUGGAAAACGUUUACCCUGAACUUCGGAUUCCCGAGGAAUCACUCUAUCAGACUGGGAUGAUCAGGCAAAGGCAGAGCUGCCUGGAGUCGCACAAGUCUGAAGCCCAAGAGUUCCCUGUCCUGAGCUUAAAUCCUUGCAUCAGCAGCAAAGGCACGGCAGGAACAGCACAGGAAUGGACAUAUACAUACAACCACCAAGUCCGCCAGCAGCAGCUGUGCUUGUCUGUGUACACCCUCUUCCCCGGUUCCCAGGUGCUGCUGUCACCUUGCAAAGAAGGUGACAACAAGCAGCGUUGGGGCAAAGUUGGGUCACACAUUGAACACAUAGCUUCACGCUUCUGUUUGGACACGGAGACGAUGGGGGACACGAACGAGAGCACCAAAGAGCUUGUCAUCAACCCUUGCGAAAGCACAGCCAUGAGUCAGCGCUGGGACAUGGUGAUGUCUUGA